AUGAAGGCUCGUCUUUUAUCCAUGCGUUCCCUUGCAUCCAUGCGUUCCCUUGCAUCCAUGCGUUCCCUUGCAUCCAUGCGUUCCCUUGCAUCCAUGCGUUCCCUUGCAUCCAUGCGUUCCCUUGCAUCCAUGCUUCUCUGCCCUCCCUUGACGUCACUUUCUUGUCGUCUCCGCAUGGGCCGGGGAUCCCCAGAGUGGCAGCAGCAUCUGCAGCGAGUGCUGCCGCCUCACGCCCUGCAGGGCCUGCGCACAGCGCUGCUGCUCGUGCCCUCGCGCGCCCAGCGCCUCGCUGCAGACAAGGCGUGGACGAGGGCGCAGCGACAGCUGGCAGGGCAGCAGGCCGAGCAGCAGGCAGAGCAGCAGGGGAUGCAGGAAGGGAGAGGUGGGGGAAAAAAGCAGCAUCAGGGGCAAGCAGCGGCUGUGGUGGGCGUGCAGAUUGCUGUGGCAGGCCGGCCCAGUCUUUCCGGUGGCUGUGCUGGCGCCGACCUGGUGUUGCUCUCCGCGGUCUGCGCCCCCCCUGCUGCGUCCGCCUCCACACGCGCCCUUCCAGCCGUCUGGCCUCCCUCCAGGUCGUUACUGGGCCUGCUAGUGUUGCUACUCAUGAUCCGCGCUGCUCUCUCAACCCCGGCACGUGUCCUCAUCAUCUUGGGCCACGAGGGCACCCUCUCAUCCGAUAGUGCCACGUGGCGCCGUGUCAUUGGCCACACCAAGGCCCACAGCAGGUUCUUUGAUGCAGAGCGACUGGGCGAGGCACUGAGGAGGGCGGUGAGGGCAAGGCGCGCGGCAGUGGACGAGAUGGCGCAGAUGCUGGGGGAGGCUACUGAAUUCGCGUCUGGGGGGGCUGUGGGAAGCGUCUCUGGAGGAUCCAUGCAGUGGCAUGAUCUGCUGUGGACGGGUCUGUUUUCGCCAUCAUUUGGAGAGGCUCUGGAGCGGCAUGAGUCUGCGGAGGUGCUGCUGCUGCUGUGCCGCAUACUGCAGGGACGGCAGGGCAGGCGUGGGGAGAAUGGCGGCAAGGCGCUGCAUCGCUGGCUGGAGGGCGGGGGCAGGGGGGCGGGGCGAGGGCGGGAGGAUGAGCUGUCACGGCAGCUUGGUGACAUCGUGCAUGUGGAUGUGGUCGGCGACCUUUGUCUUAUCUGGUCAACCGAUGUGUGCCAUGAAACGCUCAAGCAGGUGGUGAGGUUGUGGGCGCUCGUGCCGGAGAGCCAGUGCAGGCCAUGGCUGCACCGCAUAUCCGCCCACCUCACCUGCUACUCGCCUGCCUACCUGCACUACUGCGCUCUGCACCAGUACACAUGCUCCUCCUCACCUCGCCUGCGCGUGCCUGCUGCUGUGCAGCAACCCGGGAUACACUGGUGGCGCCCUCCCUCAGAGGCCCCCACCGAGGGGGCAGGGGACGCAGGGGACGCAGCGACACCACCAAAGUUCAUAGCGCUGCAGCCCGCCAUGGCACUCGCGCUGCUGGCGCAGGGAUCAGGUGCGCUCAGCGGUGCGCUGAGCCAUGUCCCCUUUGAGGUCAACGCGGAAGAGCGCGCUGCUGUCACCUGCCCCUCCAGCCUCGUCCUACAUGGCCGCUCUGCCCCUACAUACCCCUCCCUCACUCUCUCUCCCCAUCCCCACUCCCAGGCACGGACAAGACAACAGUCAUAUUCCACCGAGUUCUGCACCUGGACCGUCUCUUUGAGUCGACUCGAUAUCAACUCUCCCCAUUCCCACUCCCUCCCAGGCACCGGCAAGACAACAGUCAUACUCCACCGCGUGCUGCACCUGGACCGGCUCUUCCGCCUCUCUGCCCUCCCGCCCCACCUGCUCCUCGGACUGCCUUCUCCUGCCAACGCUUCAAUCACCGCACAGGGUGACGGCGUGGGUGAUGAUGUGGGGGAUGGGAGCGGGGGCGGGUUGCGGCAGGUGGUGUUGACUCGGAGCCUGCACCUGUGCGCGUCCAUUCAGACUGAACUCGUGAAGGCUGCACGGGCGAUAGCAGCCCUCGAUGCUUUCCAAGCCGGCUCGCCCCCGCCACUCCCCCAAGCGGGUCAACAUGCGCACGGAGCACAGGCAGCUGUUGCAACAGCCGGUCAACGCGUGGGGAGCAGGAGCGGCACGGGCAGCAACAGUGGCAGCGGCAGCAGCAGCGGUGGCAGGCUGUUAAUGCGGGAGGACCUGGAGAGCGCCCUUAUGGGGGGGUUGCCGCUGUGCAUCGCCGCCAUUCCGCCCACCGCGUUCCCCCUCGCGCUCACCCUCUCCAAGCUGCUGCGCCUGCUCGACGCGUCCGUCUCGCGCCCCUUCCUGCACUCCACGCGGCGCCGGCGCCGGCAGGAGGAGGCGAGGCAGCGCCUGGUGCUGGCCAUUGGCGUGAGUGGGCGGGGCGUGAGGCAGGCGUGGGAGGAGGGGCAGGUUGAGGGCGCGUGGAGUGGCCGUGUUGAGAAGGACCGGUGGGAGGCGAAGGGGGGCAGUGCGAAAGGGGGCAGUGCAAGGGGGGAAUGGAGGCGAGAAGGGGAGGGCUUGGGAGGAGGCGAGUGCAGCAGGAGUGGAAGAGGGCGGGAUGGCUGGGGAGGAUGGCGGGAGCAGCGGGUGAAGGGUGGAAAGGGGAAAGAAGCAGAGGAGGAAGGAGAAGGAGAGGAAGGGGAGGGGGAGGAGGACGUGGAGGUGGAUUAUGAGCGGUUCAGGCGGCACUACUGGGCGCACCUGGACAAGCGAGCCACCAACAGAGCUGUGAUGGAUGCGGCAUUCGUGUGGCGCGAGAUCAGCUCUCACAUCAAGGGCAGCCUGCAGGCGAUGCAGUCGCUGCAGGGGCAUGUGGGCGAGGAGGAGUACGUGGGGGGCAUGGUGGGCAGCAACGAACGCACGAGUGGCAUGAGAGGGGCGGACCGGCAGGCGGUGUAUGAUGUGUUCCGGGCGUAUGAGAGGAGGAAGAGGCGGCAGGGCGAGUAUGACUGCGCGGACCUAGUGGGGUAUCUGCACCGCGAGGUGCGGCGCAUGCGGGCGAGCAACGAGCCGUGGUGGGCUGUGGAGGAUGGCGUUGCCGUGGGUGGUGCAUCCAGCAGUGGCGCCAGUCGCGAUGGUGCCAGUCGGCGCACCACUGUUGGAUGCACCACCACUGGCAGUGUGCCGUCACAGCCGUCACAUGCACCACAGCCCAGCGGGUGCGUAGGUGCUGUGUUUGACUGUGUGGCGGUAGACGAGGUGCAGGACCUCACACAGGCACAGCUCGCGCUGCUGCCGCUCCUUUGCUCCAACGUUGCUUCUGGCUUCGUGCUCGCGGGUGACACGGCUCAGUCCAUCGCUCAUGGGGUGGACUUCCGCUUUGAAGACCUUGCCCGGGUUGUCUAUAGCGAGUUUCUGAAUAAAGGGGAUGAGUGUGGCAGGGUUGGGGGGGAAAGAGGGGAUUCAAUGGUGGGAAAGGGUGGCCAGCAAAUCUGGGAGAGAGGCGAGGGGCGGAAAGAGAGGAGCAGAAAGGGUCAGAGUAAGAUCAGCAAUCCUAGCAGCAGCAGCCGCAGCAGCAGCAGCAGCAGCAAUGCAGCGUCUCACCAGUUGGUGAAAUCUCUCCCCACGUUUCAGCUGGUGCGCAACUACCGCACUCACAACGGAGUGCUGCGCCUCGCAAACAGCGUCGUGCAGCUUCUGAAAAGCUUCUUCCCGCUGUCCAUAGACCGGCUGCAUGAGGAGCUGAGUACGGUGGAGGGGUGCAAGCCGGUGCUGGCGGCAGUUUCCUCCUCGUGGAAACACCAGCUCGCUCAGGGCAGGCCUCUCAGCGCCACUCAGGCCAUCAUAGUGCGCAGCGCGGAGGAGAAGCGUGCCAUGGCUGGGCACUUUAAAGUGAAGCCGGUGGUCCUCACAGUCGAAGAGUGCAAGGGACUCGAGUUCGAGGACGUACUACUUUUCAACUUCUUCACCUCACCGCACUCCACGGCACCCUGGCAUCUCGUGUACACCUACAUGCGCAGCACUGGCCUCUCACCGCGCUUUGGCGCCAGCCUGCCUUGUCGCUGCAGCACCAAGGGCCAUAGCAGCUGCAGUCUCUGCACUCUGGAUGACCUCAGGCACUGGUCGCUGUGCUCCGAGUUAAAGCAGCUGUACGUGGCAAUAACGAGGGCCAAGCAGAGGCUGUGGGUGCUGGAGGAGAGGGGGGCAGGCGAGCGUACGCCCAUGGGAGACCUGUGGGCGGCGAUGGGCAUUGUGGCAGUGAAGGAAGAAAGGGAGGUGUGCCCGGAGUAUGUGAAGCGUGUGUCCAGUGAGAAAGACUGGAAGGCGCUUGGCUUUACUUUCUUUCAAAGAGGCGAUUACGAGGCAGCUCGGGCGAGCUUUGAACGGGCUGGGGACACGGGCAACGCUCGCUUCGCUGAAGCCACCAUGUUCUAUGAGGCGGGCAUAGGGUGCACAGCACAGCCAUCUGCAGCCGCCAUUGCUGUAUCAACCUCCUCUGCAUCAUCAGCCUCGUCUGCGCUGCCCCCAGUGCUCCCGGACCUCUCUCUGCUGUCCUGCACCGAUCUGCUCCUGGCUGCGGCUCGUUGUUUUGAGGGCAUCAAGAGGGGCUUGGAGGCAGGCCGUGCGUAUGCCAAGGCUGGGUGCAAUGAGGAAGCAGGUAAGGGUUGUUUCACGUAUGCAUGGGGCGGUGAAGCACGUGCCUAUCUCACGCUCUGCCAACCUCCUGACCACGCCAACGCUGCACGGUGCUUCGAGAAGCUAGGCAGGUUCGCCGAAGCAUCUGAUUGCUACAACGCCUUGGGCGACAGACCCAGUGCCCUCGCUGCGUGCCUACGUGGCAGCAUCUUUGCCAAGGGCCUCUCACUGCUCGACAGCUGGCAGGCAGUGGCGUCUCACCAGGCCACGUCAGCACCGGCAUCUCACGGGGCAAGUGAGUCCAGCUCAGCAUCUGCGGGACCAAGGAGUGGAGAUUUGUCUCACCUGAGGCAUUGGUACGUAGAGGAAUGUGCAAGGAGGCUGGGAGAGCGAGGCAGUUACGGCGAGAUGAUGGCGUAUGUGCAUCUGCUGCCGGGAUUGCCCGCCAAGCGCGCGUUCCUGGAGGGCGAGAGGCACCUGAGGGAGCUGGCAGGUCUAGAGGAGCAGGAGGGCGAGGUGAGGCGGGUGCCGGGUAUACUGCUGAGAGCGGGGAUGCUGCUGGAGGCAUGCACUCACUUGUGGAACAGGGGCUGGCCAGGGCGGGCCUUGGUGGCCUUUGUGCGGCACCUGCAGUGGCGGGUGAAUGCGGCGGGACUAGGGGCGUGGCGGGUGGGAAUGAGGAGGGAAGCAGGGGGCGGCAGCGAGGGGCAGGGGAGGGGCGUGGCGCUGAGCAGAGAGGAGGUGGCGAUGGCUCGGCGGCUGCGGGUAAUUGAAACGGAGAGUUUGGAGUUUGCAGACAGGAUGGAGUGUGAGGGGAGUGAUCUGGCGUGGGCCAAGGUGGAGAUGAGCGUUCUAUUGUUCGUGAUUGAGCUUCACUCUGAUGCUGCUGAUGCUGCUGAUGCUGCUGAUGGUGCUGAUAAUGCUGAUGAUUCUGCUGCUGCUGCUUCUGUUGCUGCUGGUGGUGAUGGUGGGAUCAGUGGCAAAGCAGGUUGUCCAGAUAGGCGUGUGUCAGAAGCUACAGACCAAGGGGCGGGGAGUGCUGCUAUGUGUGCAUCUUGUGUGGAGCUGGGCCGAGCAAAGAGUGCGGAAAGGGAGGCUCGCGUGUCGCAAGCGUGGAUGCUGGUAAGCCGGGGUCAGAUGCUUCCAGCAGGGCGCAUGGAGAUAGGCCCUCAGAGCGCUGCUGUAAACAGCAGAGCGAUAGGCCCUCAGAGCGCUGCUGUAAACAGUGGAGAGAGCAGGUUCAGGGGCGUGGAGCGGCAGAUGGUGGUGAAUGAGUUGAGCAAGGCGGAGUUGAUAGAGGUGGAGGAGCUUUGGGAGGGGGGUGACGUGCUGCGGAAGGGCUCGGAGCAGGUGUGGCGAGAGAGGCGGGCGGAGAGCAGCGGCAUGGAGCAGAGGGACAGCAGGGGUGGUGAGCAGAAGGGGCGUGUGGAGUGGAAGGGGGCGGAGCAGCUGCGAGCAGAGCUGAUGCUCGCUUACACCGGGCUGCAGGAGUCUCUGUGCUUGCUGCAGUGGGGGCAGCGCUGCCUGUUGCACUACCUGGAGGAGCAUUUUUCAGCUGAGCCUCACAGCAAUUGCCCCCGCCGCGAACCUGCUGCUCACACAUCUCAGCCUGCUGCCAACGCAACAGCAGCGGCUACAGCGUCAACGGCUGCAUUGACUUUUGAGUCGACUCAAAAGCCUGCUGCCAAUGCAACAGCAGCGGCUACAGCGUCAACGGCUGCAUUGGCCAGUCGUGCUGUCACAAUAUCAGCUGCAGCAGCAGCAGCUCUACAGGCGUGCAAUCUCCCCGCGCCGUCCCUCUCUCUUCUCCACCACAAGGCGGCUCUCUGGUGGUGGCGAUGGGCUCGCAGGCUGGCCUCCCUGCUACCCGCCCUGCACCAUCUCCACAACCACUCCAUGCUUAAAUCAGACUCCCACCUGCCCCACCUGCACGCCCUUUUCUCCCUCCUCUCCACCACCACCUUCCACCGCCGCAUCCUCUCCUCCUCUUCCCCCUCCUGCCAGAUCGAUGACAUGGGGUUGGCGUGGGCGCGUGGGGAGAAGGCUGAGAGGCUGUCCUCCACAGGGCGGAGCGGGAAGAUGGAGGGGAAGCAAGCUGUAAAGGCGGUGAAAGGGGUGUGGGAGAAGGAGUUUGAGAAGCGAUUGGAGGACACGAGGCGAGUGGUGUUUGAUGGGGUUCAGCUGUGCUCCUCUGCACUCAUAAGCUGCUCUGACAAGGUCACUAUGGCCACGUGCAAACAUCACAUGGCCACUGCUUCUGAACCACCGCUCUCUCUGCAUCAGACACCCUUCCCAUGCCCUUCUCUGCUCAGCCCCGUUCACACCCUCUUUUUCCUUUCUGAACCCUUCCUGUCGUUGCUCCCUGUCACCACACUUUCCUGCUCACGCUCUGCCUUCUUCCAGCCCUGUUCUCUCACUCCCACUCACAACCUCCUCACCUCCCUCCUCCUCCACCCCAGUCCUUCCUCCACGCACUCUCGCCUUCAUGCCCGCCUCCACCUCACGCUCCUUCAUCUCAAGGCUGCCCUCGCAGCCCUGCUGCUGCUGCCAGACAAUCGGCUGGAGAAGCGCAAGUCGAGGGAGAAACAAGCUGCCAGUGCUGAGGAGGGGAGUGGCGGAGCUGGAGGGGUGGGGGGAAGUGGAAGCAGGGGCGGGUGUGGUGGAAGCUGUGGUGAGGGUGAAGGCAAAGCGGGCGUGGGAUGCGAGAAUGGAGUGGGUGUAGCCUGGACCGCGCAUGGGGCAGCCGUGGGGAACACAGCAGGGCAACGUGUGGUUGGUGCAGUGCUGCAUGGCGCAUGUAUGGAGGAGACUGCUGGGCUUUCAGAGAAAGAGGCGUGGGGCAUCACACAGCUCCUGCUCGUGUCUACAGUCAACUCCUUUCCCGACCCUCGCAACCCUCCGUACUUCAAGCAACAGUUUGGCAGCUUGAAGGGAAAUCCUCUCAUGGCAACCUCUGUCAACGGCUUCUUUGAAUCACUCAGCACGCGAGCACUGCUGUACCAGCAAGCGUCCAACAUGUGGAACGUGCAUGGAGAUGCGGGACGGCAGGUUCCUGCCAUCUGCCUUGCGUCAUUGCUGCCUCCAUCUCCUCCUCCAUCUCCUCCUCUUGCUCUUCCCUGUCCUCCUCUUUCUGCUCCCUUCUAUGCUGCCCCCCCAAUCCUCCUCCCCGAUCCUUUAUCUGCGAUCUUCAACCUCCUGGCACCUUUUGCUGUCCACCUCGCUCGGCUCCUCUCUCUGCUGCUCCCUGUCUUACGUGCUGGUGCAACGGAAAGGGAGGGUGAAUUCAUUGGGCGGGCUAGGCUGGAGCUGGUGCGUGCGGUAGAGGCAAUGGGCAUUGACAUGGUUUGCCACUCACUCUCACAUUAUGAGAGCCACUGCUGCAAUUGGGGAAAGGGCGGAUGA